AUGGAUUACCACAGUUUAAAAGCAAGACUUGCAGACUUGAGGAGUGUAGAAUUAGAAGCGCUUCGUCGAGGAGACAACAAGGCUGCAGAUAGGUGCAAAGAAAGAGCAUUUGCCCUCAGGAAUCAGUGGACGACUUAUCAAGCCUCCCUGUGCUCGCAACUGGAGACAUUUAACGAAAAUGAAAACGAGAUUGGCGACGCUAAGAGUGAACAUUACUGCAGAUUGGAUGAUAACCGAGAAGAAAUCUCUUCAAAAUACCAGAGUGACAAGAGAAUUGGUAGUGAUAACCAAGGUGAUGAAAAAGAAAAACCGUCAUUAAUGGAAGUUGAAUUUAGCAAUGAGCGCGAAGAUAGCAAGAAUACAGAAAGUACCAUUGAUAAAAAUAAUGAAGAUUGUCAGGAAAGCAAAGACGACAAGAUCACUAGAGAGCGUCAAAAAAGGGUUUGCCCGUUUCCACACUGCAACAGCAAGGUUGUUCACCUACCGAGACAUCUUAGAACGGUUCAUAAGUGUAGCAAAGAGUAUGCGAGAACAGCGACAUCAAGAUUUGGCUUGCGCAGAAAGUACGCCUUUGCGGAUAAAGAAAAGGCCUCGGCUGGAAAUCGAAAAUUAAAAAAGGCGCACACAGAAAGAAGCCAAAAGAAGCCUUGCCGUAAGAUGAAAAGGUGCCCUCUUACAGGUUGCAUGACCACUACUAACCGACUGCCUCAGCAUCUGCAGAAAGUUCAUAAACUACAGCGCACGUCUCCUAAGUAUAAUAAAGCUCUUUUAAUGGCAAAGGUAAUCUCACGUGAUCAACCUCAUAUUUUCCUCAGAAUGAAGCAGGAAAGUGAAAGAUACCAAGGGCCAGCUUUUGAAGAUGCACUGUCGGUAGACGAGGAUGGUCAGGAGGUUGAGAUAACGGAAGACGACGCCUCGGGUAGGUCAGACGAUUAAGAGGCUGAUGCAACUGAAGCGAGGUGUGACUGUGCUAGCCAGGCAUUUGGCAAUAUCAACAUUAAAGGUGAUGACGUUUCAAACACUAUGAGCGCACUUAGAGACUGGCUUCUUUCACCAGAUGGGGGCAAGAAAGACAGGAAGACAGCAAAGCAACACGUUUCCCAAUUACGCAAGGUGCUUUCAGUGGUUGGUGAAGGAUUUAUGCUAUCCUCUUUAUUGGACACGAAAAGAAUUAGGGAUAACUUUCUUCAACGUUAUGCAGCAGAGAAGUACCACGCAGCCACUAUCAAGUCAUACCUAUUGAGUCUGCAACACUAUUGCUCGUUUUUGCUCGCAGAUCAACC